AUGUGCAAAUUCUACCUCUACCGCCACCCCUGCGCCCACACAACCAGCACCUUCGCCCAAUACUGCCCCGCCGCAGCCCACACGCAAACCCCCUGCGCCACGCCCUCGAGCAAGGAAGUCUGGCUGCAGUUCCGCGUCGACGACAACUGUCCUGCGUGCUACGACAAGGACACCCCCGCGGAGCCAGCUGGCUUCAUGGCCGGCGGAGGAGGAGGAGCAGGGGGAGGGGUGGACAGUACGCGGGCGGUGGCGGCGAGGUAUGCGGCGCAGAUGCAGAUGCAGAUGCAGAUGCAGAUGCAGAGGGGUGGUGGAGCAGUGGGAGUGGCUGCUGGGAGGGUUGUGGGGAAGAGGGUUGUUGGGGUGAGGAGGUCGUGA